GUAAUCUUGAGAUAAAAUGGCGACGGGUGCCAUUUCCAUCGAGUCCAAAAACAUAUCAGAAUUAAGAGUUGUCGAUCUGAAAUCCGAGCUAAAGCGAAGGAGUUUGGACACCACCGGUGUAAAGAGCGUCCUCAUUUCAAGACUGAAACAGGCCAUCGAGGAUGAAGAUGGUGACCCAGAAAACAUUCAAGCGGAGUCUUCACCAGACACAACAACCCGUAAAGGUGGAAAAGCUAAAGGAAAAAGAGUGGAUUCAGAUGCAGAUGUCCCAGGGGAGGAAGAUUCGUUUUCCAAGGAAACUGAAGACAAUGAAUCAGAAAAAGAUGUAACUGAUACAGAUGAUGGUACUCGUGAAAAUUCUAAGCCUGCACCCUGUGAGGACAGCCUUGCUCAGCCUGAGCCUGAGGCUGAGGUUGUGGCAGAGGCUGAACCAGAGUCAGAGGCUGUGGUGGCUGAGGCUGAUUCAGAGCCUGAGCCAGAGCCAGAGGUGAAUGCUGAGACCGAGCCAGAGGUCGAUGCUGAGCCAGAGGCAGAUGAGGAUGCUGACCCAGAGAUGGAUGGGGAGGCUGAGCCAGAGGGGGACACCGAGCCGGAGAACGAGCUGGCUGAGAUGGAUGCUGAAGCCAUGAGUUCCUCUAAAGAUGCUGAGGAUGAUCACCUCUCCGUCUCCAUCCAAAAUGAAGAUGCCAUCACCCUAGAUGUUGAUGGUGACGAUCUCCUGGAAACAGGUAAACAUGUGAAACUUCCAGAUUCAGAUGCCGAGAAAGGCACUGAUGAGCCAGAGGUCUCUGCUGAUACGGGCCCUGAUGAUGAUGACCUGAAGGUGGAAGAGAUGGAGGGCCACAAAGAUGGUAAGAGGGAUGACGGAUCCAGGGGCGAGUCCAUGAAGAAAGACAGCAGAGAGGCCUUGAAGAAAGCUGAAACGGGAGAUAAAGAAAAGGAUUCUGGGAAGAAAGGCCCCUCCACUACUGGGGCAUCAGGUCAAGCAAAGAGCUCCUCAAGAGACAGAGAUGGAAAACCUGCAAAAGAUGAUAUGGGAGUCGCCAACAGUAGCAGCAACAGCAGCUCUUCUCGUAACAUAUGGGUGAGCGGCUUGUCUUCGAACACCAAAGCAGCUGAUCUCAAGAACCUGUUUGGAAAAUACGGGAAGGUUUUAAGCGCCAAGGUAGUGACAAAUGCGCGCAGUCCAGGUUCAAAGUGUUACGGCCUGGUGACGAUGUCUUCCAGUACGGAGGUGACUCGCUGUGUCAGUCACCUGGAUUGUACGGAGCUCCAUGGACAGCAGAUCUUUGUUGAAAGGGCCAAAAAUGAUCCUUUCAAGAAAGACAGUGCAAAGAAUGAAGCAGAGGACAAAUCCAGCGAUAAGCGCAGUUCCACGGGGAUAAAGUUGACUAACAAAGCACAGACAUCUUCCAAAAAAGAAGAAAAGAAAUUGGAUAAACUCUCAGAAAAGGACAAAGAUUUAUCCAAGAAGCAGGACGCCAAAAGUGGGAAAUCUGAUUCCGUUUCAUCUAACUCAGGACCAGAUUGUUCGAAGAAAGAUGACAGAAAGCAUGCGAGGACAAAGAGCCCUGGCAAGAUGAUGAUGACCCAUCCGGCUAAAGGAGAUACCAAUUUUAGCAAAAUGAGACCUUUCAGAAGAGGAAGGUAUUUUGAAAAACCUUUUGUCAACAUGAAUGUUCAAAGGAGGCCCAAAUGGUUGAUUCCUCCAGAAGAGUUUGAGAUGAUGAAAGAGAGACAGCGGCCUUUCAUAAACAAAGGGGAAGACAUCUUGCCUUUUGAGAAGAUGAAGGAGCAGAGGAUGCGUGAACGGAUGGCUCGAGUAGAGCGUGUCCGCCGAGGCGUAGAGUUGCGCAGGCGUCGUGAAAUUGCUGAGCGAGAACGUCGGGAGCGUGAACGUAUUCGACUUUUGCGAGAGCGUGAAGAACGGGAGAAUCUGCUUCGUGAGCGUCAGAGACUGGAGAUGGAAAGACAAAAACUGGAAAGAGAGCGCUUAGAGAGGGAACGACUUGAGAGGGAGAGAAUCCGCAUCGAGCAGGAACGGCGCAAAGAGGCAGAGCGCAUGGCCCGUGAACGUGAGGAGCUGCGGCGGCAGCAGGAGCAGCUCCGGUGUGAGCAAGAAAAGAGAAACAACCUCAAACGAGGCCGGGAAGUGGACCAUGGUCGUAGAGACGAACCUUAUUGGAACAGCAACAAGAAAAUGCAGUCGGAGUCUGAUGUCCGUUUAAACCAAGGCUCAAACUUCAACCGGCAGCAGAACCGCUUUUCAAACUUCAAUCCAAGAGAGAGAGGUCGCUUUCCAGAGGCCUCCACAGAGCAGCCCAACACAUACGACAGACGUAGCCGGUUUGAUGGUGAGCCAGAGGUGAAGAAGAGCCGCCCUGCUCCACACAGAGAGGGCUCUGGCUUUGAUCGUUUCCCUAAGAACUUUGAGACAGUUCGCAGAGCUGAGCCGCCACCUCCAACACGCACAGAACUCCGGGACACUGACCGUAGGGAAAGAGAUGAGAGACGACUUGUGCCCAUGCAUGAUCGCCAAAUGGGAGCCAGAGCUACGAUGACCGGAAUGUCACACAACCGCUCACCCAGGGAUGGCGGUCACGGAUGGAAGAAUGAUGGUGGGAUAAACACUAACAAGGGAGACCUACGAGGACCCAUGCGCAUGCGUACGGAUCGACCAGGCAGGGACGGUCCAGGCCCCUCCCUCAGGGGUGGCUCCUCUCUUAGGGGUGGCUCCUCACUCAGGGGUGGCUCCUCACUCAGGGGAGGCUCCUCACUCAGAGGAGGCUCCUCUAGCGGUCGUGGAAGGAGCAGCUUUAACGACCGAGAUGGAGGAAGAUCCAUGGUGAUGAGUGAUCAGCCCUUCAGCUCUGGUCGACAGGUGGUGGUGGAACGUCACAGCAGGGAGCAGGGGCUGAGGAAGGAGUGGCACAGUGGCUCGAGCUCCCAGGGUAGGGGCUACCCUGAUAACCGCAGAAUGGGAGACACCAGGGGCAGCAUGAUGACUCCUUCCAGUCAUUCAUCGUCGGGGCUGAACCGUAUUGUACAGAUCACCAACAACUCCAUUCCCAGCGGUGGCAACGUGGGUGGAUUUAAGCCCUACAAAGGAACGCCACGGCAGUACUAACUGAAACCAAAUCCUGCCACUUUAAAGCACCUGAAAAAUUUGAAGACUUUUCUGAACUUAUUUUUAGAAUAUCAACAGUUUUAGGUGGUAUGUUUUUAUUUUGUAUAGACGUGUUGACCUCAGUGUAGGUUUUUCCUGACAGUUCUGCUGUUACAUUCAAACAACCUCCUGCACAUGUUUUACUUCUCUUUAGCAAGAUAUUGUACAGCGCUAUGUCUUUGUAACAAUACGUUUUCAUUUGAUGUCUCCUCUUAUUGAGUGUUGAAUUUUUUUCAAUAGCGGAGUAUCACACUCAGUUUCCUUGUGUAAUAUGUUUUAUUUGGUGUUUUAUGGCACUCAAAGUGCAAGGGAUCAUCACUUGGUAUGAUGUUUCUCUUUGAGGAAGUGGAUGACAUAGGACUCGUGUGUAUUUGAAAGUCAUACUUUGUUUUGAUGUUGUAUUUUGUAACAACUAGUUGAACUUCCUUAAAAAAUGUCAAACUGAAGCCUGCAUUGUAGCAAAAUACCUACCAUUGACCAUUAGUUGGAUUGAAAUAAAUUUUGACUUUCAAGUCCGUUACUGCAGGACUUUCAAGGUGG